CAGUUUCUCAAAACACCACAGUGAUAGUUCACCCUUUAGUCUUGUUGUCAGUUGUUGAUCACUAUAAUCGAGUUGCAAAGAAUACAAAAAAACGAGUGGUUGGAGUUUUGUUGGGCCAAAAUAAUGGUAAAACCGUUAAUGUUGCUAAUAGUUUUGCUGUUCCGUUUGAAGAAGACGAAAGAGAUCUGUCAGUUUGGUUUUUGGACCAUAAUUAUGUAGAAGCUAUGAACGAUAUGUUUAAAAAAGUUAAUGCCAGAGAAAAGAUGAUUGGAUGGUACCAUAGUGGACCUAAACUUCGUGCAUCAGAUUUGGAAAUUAAUGAAUUGUUUAAAAGGUAUACACCAAAUCCUGUUUUGGUUAUUGUGGACGUUAAACCUAAAGAUAUUGGUAUACCAACUGAUGCUUACUUUGCCAUUGAAGAGAUUAAAGAUGAUGGCACAGCGACCACAAAAACUUUUAUGCACGUUCCUUCACAAAUCGAAGCUGAAGAAGCCGAGGAAAUAGGAGUAGAACAUCUUUUACGUGAUAUAAAAGAUAAUGCAGUUGGAACUCUUUCCACACGCGUGACAGAUCAACUAAACUCAUUGAAGGGUCUACAAUCAAGAUUGGAGGAGAUUCGUGAUUAUUUACAAAAGGUAGUUAACGGUACUUUGCCCAUCAAUCACCAAAUCCUUUAUAAUCUUCAAGACAUCUUUAAUCUAUUACCAAAUUUAAACAUCACUGAAAUGGUCAAGGCAUUUUCGGUUAAAACAAAUGAUCAACUGUUGGUUAUAUAUUUGUCAUCAUUGGUUCGUGCUGUAAUUGCAUUACAUAAUCUGAUUAAUAAUAAAAUUGAGAAUUUGAAAGACAGUAGAAAAUACAUGAAUAACAACGAAUCGUCUAAAUAUAACAAUAAUUGGAAUUCGAUAAAAGAUUCAAGGAUAAUAUCAUCAGCUGAGGAGAACGAGAAACUAGCAAGAAGAACACAAAGAUUUAAUAAUAGCAAAAAAGAACCAAAAGGCAUGUCAGAUGUCGAUAUGUUCUUGAUUGCUAUUGUAUGCACUUGGAAUGUUUCUAAAUUUAUUGAAAACAAUUCCACAAAAACAACACCUGAUCCCUCUAAUAAUGAUAAUACCACCACCGAAACAACUAACAAUAAUAUAAAACGUAUGAAAGCAUACGACUUCUUUAUAGAUCGUGAACCACCUGUGUGUUUUAGUGAAUUAUAUUCAAUUAAUGAAGAUCAACUCUGUGAGGAAUUGGAGGAACGUUUAAAUAUUUGGAAAAUAUGA